CUGGGACACCUGAAGGCUUCAGUUUAGACAGCUGCUGAAGGAAGAGAAAUAUAGCAGUAGAUUAAAACAGAACAACUCUUAUUUGCAUCUUAAUGUGUGCAGAAAAUGAUACUUUUAAGGAGCAGUGCGUGAGGGAAGGUAGAGGAGUCUAAAUGUGUAAAUAGUGAACAGAAGUGAGAGAUGAGAUGCAGGUUCUUCAUGCAAGCAGAGCGGCCCAGGCGGCUUUGGGGUACCGUCUUCAACAUGGACCUGGAGGUUUGGUGCAUUACAGCACAGCUCCAACUGUUGCAGCUGUGGCUCCGGACAGCAGCACAAGCUUCUGUUUGUCCAGAGAGAAAGACACUCUGCAGCAGCUGAACCGGAGGCUGGCCGCAUACCUGCAGCAGGUCCACUGUCUGGAGGCGGCCAAUCAGAAGCUGGAGACUCAGAUCCAGAUGGAGCUGGACAGGAAGUGUCCCAGUGAGCUGAGAAAGCUGGACGGACACCUGGGGACAGUGUCCCUGCUGCAGAAACAGAUCACUGAUUGUCUCUCAGCCCAGGCUCAGAUUAAGCUGCAGCUGCUCAGUGCAGAGCUCAUUAUCUUCGAUCUCAACGUCAGGUGUGAAAAGGAGCGUGAGCGUUGUGGUUGUCUGGAGAUGGACCUUAGCAACCUGAGGCUGCUGGAGGAGGAACUGCAGGUCCACAGACUGCCGGAGCUCCACAGUCUGCUGAACGAUCAAACACAACAACUGAUGGGGCUACACGUACAACACCAACAGGACAUGCAGGGUCUCAUGGCCCAGAUGUCAGGGGGUGUCAGUGUGGGGAUGCAUCCUGUUGAGUCAUCAGACCUGAUCCAGCAGCUGGACUAUAUGAGACAGACAAGUUUGCUUGACGAGAACCAGAACGAUUGCUGGUUUGACCAUCAGGUAUCAACAUUGAGUUCUCCUGAGGUGACCUUUGACCCUCCAGCAGGGUCAGAAGUCGUCCAAGCCGAGCUGGACGAACUGAGAGGAAGAGCAGUGAGUCUGGAAGAAGAGCUGAACCAACUGCAGGCUCAGAACAUGGUGUUGGAGGCCUCUGGUCUGGAGCAGAACAAGUACUUCGUCCAGCAGCUGGUGGUCCUGCAGCAGAGAGCAGAUAGUCUGUGCGGAGACCUGGACUCAGUGAUGCAGGCUGCAGCUCAGCAGGCGGCAGACUAUGAGUCCUUGCUGGACAUUAAGAUCAGACUAGAGGCCGAGAUACAAGACUACAUGAGGCUGCUGGAUGGACUGAGCCCACAGGGGGUCCCAAGUCUUCGCCCAAACUCUGCGGUUAACGUCGCAUCUUUCUGUGUUACAACCAGUCCGUCUGCCUUCAGGAGAAACAUCACAGUGAACAAAACAGUCAAUGUUCAGGGAGGAAAUCUCAGGAUGAUGGACGUUCAGGGUGUCACAAGCCACAUCCAUAGAUUUGGACAAACUCCUGUAGUUGCACCACUCUCAGAAACAGUGACCACAGUCCAGUCAAUCAGAGACCACAACAAAUAUCCAAAGAACUCACCAGUGACAUCAAUUAAUGCUUCAAAUCUGACAGGCUCAUUCCACAACCAGAGAACAAGAGCUCAUCCUGAAAGGACUGGGAGGGAAUCCAGGACCAUUAGUGCGACAAUCAACAGGCAGAGCAUCCCUGUGGUAGAUAAAGUCUACCCUGACUAUUACGAUUUGCAGAUUGUUAGUACUCAGAUUAGCCAAGAUUCAGACAAAGGAACUGUCAUAAAAACCUCUAAACCGGAGACAAAUACUAUUCAAGGAAUCACCACGGUGGCCCCUGACACACAAUCUGCCAGGAGUGCUCCUGUUCAGACAAAACCAGAAACUUUAACUUCCAAACAAACUACCACAGAGGCUGGUUUGCAGGCUAAUAAAACAGAAACAAACAUUCAAACAGAAAUCACAAAGACCAUUGUUUGCACAGAACCAGAAGUAAAGAGGGAAUCACAUUCUGUAACACAUACAACCACAGCUGAUCCGAGCAUACAAACUGCUGCAGAGAUAAAGAAAGAGACAGAAACUGUGGUAUCAAUUACCUGCACUGAGAGCUUUAUCCAGACUAAGAAUCAGGAUCCUGCACAGGUUGUGUCCUUGAGUUUGCAGACUCAAGCAGAAACUGAUGAGGAUGCAGAGGAAGUUGCUGUUACAAUAUCUGUUGUCUCUGGAUCUCAGAUUCUUAGUUCUCAGGUGGCUCAUGGAACGGUCUCUGGUGACGUGACCCUGAUGGAUGACAAGAACAUAGAAAGACAAGAAAAGACGGUAGAAGAAGUUGAAGGUACUUCAGGUGUCCUCAGAUUAGAUCAGAGUUUGGAAUUGUCCGACGUAUAUAAUAGUGAUAAAAACAAAGUCAUGGAGGACGCAAACACAGAGUAUUGCAUUGCAACUGCUCCAUCUGGUAGCACAGACAACAGUGACAUCCUUGAGAGUAAAACUGCACAAAGAAUCACCAUGCUGGUUCCUGACACACAAUCUGCCAGGAGUGCUGUUGUUCAGGCAAAACCAGAAACUUUUACUCUGAAACAAACUAUCACAGAGGUGGAUUUACAGGCUAAUAAAGCAGAAACAAACAUUCAAACAGAAAUCACCAAAACUAUGCUUUGUACAGAACCAGUAGUAAAGAAAGAACUACAUUCUGUAACACAUAUAACCUCAACUGAUCCCAGCACACAAACUGCUACAGAGGUAAAGAAAGAGGCAGAAACUGUGAUAUCAACUCAAAUUACUUGCACUGAGAGCUCCAUCCAGACUAAGAACCAGGACCCUGCACAGAUUGUGUCCUUGAGUUUGGAGACACCAGCGGAAGCUGUCGGAGAUGCAGAGGAAGUUGCUGUUACCACAUCCUUUGUCUCUGGAUCUCAAAUUCUUAGCUCUGAGGCGGCUCAGGGGAAAGUAUCUGGUGAUUUAACUGUGAUUGAUGACAAGGGCAUAGAAAGACAAGAAAGGAAAGGAGAAGAAGAAGAAGGUACUUCAAGUGUCCUCAGAUUAGAUCAGAAAUCUGCAUUGUCCAAUGCAUCCAAAAGCCAGCAAAACAAAGUCAUGGAGGAUGCAAAUGCAAAUACAGGGUCCGGCAUUGCAACUGCUUCAUCGGUUUGCCUAGACAACAGUGACAAUCUUCAAAGUAAAACUGCACAAGGAAUCAGCACAUUGGUUCCUGACUUACAAUCCUCCAGGAGUGCUGUUGUUCAGGCAAAACCAGAAAUGUUCACCACCAGACAAACAACCACAGAAGCUGAUUUGCAGGCUAAUAAAACAGAAGCAAACAUUCAAACAGAGAUCACCAAGACGAUUCUUUGUACAGAACCAGAAAUAAAGCAAGGGCCAUACACAACCACAACUGAUCCCAGCAAACAGCAAGCUGCUGAGGUAAUGAAAGAAACAGAAAAUGAGAUUUCAGCUCAAAUGAAUUGCACUGAGGACUUAGAACAGGCUAAGAACCAGGAUCCUGCACAGGUUGUGUCUUUGAGUUUGGAUACUCAAGCAGAAAUUGUUGGAGAAGUUGCUAUUACAGUAUCUGUUGUCUCUGGAUCUCACAUUCCUAGGUGUGAGGAGGCUCAAGGAAAGGUCUCUGGUGACGUGACCCUUAUGGAUGACAAGAACAUAGAAAGACAAAAAAAGAAGGGAGAAAAAGAAGUAUUAGAAGUAGAAGGUACUUUGUCUGGUAGCCAAGACAGCAAUGACAUCCUGGAGAGUAAAACUGUGGGUACAGAGAUUUUGAAGGAAGUAGAAUUAGAAGUGAACAAGGGGAAAGUAGUCAACAGUUUCCAUGUUUCUAGCGAGGUAAAAGUGGAUCCCAUUGAGUCUGACAAUGAGAUGGUUAAAUUAGCAGGUGAAGAAACAUUGGAGAGUACUACAGAGCCUAAAAGGUCUACAAAUCUAAUAGAUUCUGGUGUAACUUCUUCCAACAGUUCAAUAAAAGCUAAUGAAUUUGUGAGCCCAACAAAGCCAGUUGCAUGCCUGAGUCCAGAAAUACGUCUGAGCCCAGUUGAGACAGAAGUGUUAAUGAGUAUGACAGAUCAAAUAUUUCGCCCAGUUGAUCCAGAAGAAAAUGUUGGAAGUCCUCAUUUGCUUCUGAGUCCAAAUGACCCCGAAGUGUUUCUAAGCCCAAAUGACUCAGACACAUGUUUGAGUCCAGUUGAGGAUAAGGUGUGUCUGAGUCCAAAUGGUGAAGAAGAAGAUGAGGAAGUAUGUCAGAGUCUAACUGAGGCAAAUAUACACGUGAGACCAGUUGAGAAAUACAUUCUCUCAACAAAAGAGGAAGGUCAGUCCCUUUCCUUUAAAAGAGAUGAUGCUUUGACAGAAGAAGACAGAAAUAGAAAAGUCAGUAUUUCAGCGAGAGAUGGGGACAGUUUGUGUUUUGGAUCAUUUGAAGGUAAUAAAGGAAGUAGAGCUGUAGGUGGCAUUGCAGAUAAAAAGGAUGUCCAGAAUCAAGGUGGCAGUCCAGAAGGGAGGUGUAGCUCAGAAGACAAGAAGGUCUUGUCAGAUAACAGCAAAAGUAUGUCAGGAAGUAUGGCUACUAGCAACAGUGGUAUGGCUAGUAAUCUGGCAGCUAGUUCUGGUGGCAAGGAUGUUACUUCAGCAGGCAUACUUAGUUGUAAUGCAGAAGUUGCUCUUACAGCAGGGGCGCAGGCAAGAUUCAGACGUAAUAGUGGAGACUGGAUGGUUUAUGGUGGUAGUCUGGGACGUAAGAGCAGCCUGGAUGGUAGCACUAGCAUAGCCAUGGAGGGGAAAGAGCAAGGCCCGUCAGUGGCCACAAAUCCUGCAACAAGCUCACAACAAACAGGGAGAUUUGGCAGUAGAGGGAGUGGUGAGUGGAUGGUUUACAGUGGCAGUAAGAACAGCUUACACAGAACAAGAAGUGAAGAAAGCCCAUCAGCAGCUAUACUUCCUACAACAUGCCCGCCAAUGGCCACGCACCUGCCAACAAGCCCACCAGGGUCACUAGGAGCAGGGAAGCCUGGCAGCAGAGGAAGUGGAGAGUGGAGAGUCUAUGGUGGGAGAAGUACUGGAUGUAUAAGCAGCUGGACUAGCAGUAGUAGCUUACCAAAUGCAGAUGGAGAAGAAUUACCAUCAGUGGCUAUGCAACUAGCAACAAGCCCACCACAAUCACAAGGAUCAGGGAAGUUUGGUAGUGGAAGGAGUGGUGAGUGGAGGGUUUAUAGUGGGAAUACCGAACGUAUGAGCAGCUGGGCUGGAAGCAAUAGUUUAUCCAACAGAGAAGAGAUCCCAUCAGUGACUGCGCAACUACCAACAAGCCCACCAGGAUCACAAAGAGCAGGGAAGUUUGGUAGUGGAGGGAGUGGAGAGUGGAGAGUUUAUGGUGGGUGUACUGGACGUAUGAGUAGCUGGGCUGGAAGCAAUAGCUUACCCAAUGCAGACAAGGAAGAAAUCCCAUCAGUGACUGCGCAACUGCCAACAAGCCCACCAGGAUCACAACGAGCAGGGAGGUUUGGUAGUGGAGGGAGUGGGGAGUGGAGAGUUUAUGGUGGGAGUACCGGACGUUUGAGUAGUGCCAGUAGUGCAGACAGGGUCAGUGUCAGUGUCAGUCGUAACCAAAUUAUAAGUCCACCAAAUAGCCACACAAAUAGUGGACCAGGUGGCCGAAGGCUCAGCUCAGGUAGUGUUGUGAGGCGUAGUAACAGCGUAGGUAGUGGUGGCAAGUUAAGCAGCUCAGGUAGUUGUGGCAAACUCAGCAGCUCAUCUGAGAGCUACAGGAGUAGCACCUCUGGGAGAUUCACUAGUACUGGCAGUGUCGAAGGGAAGCCUGUUUACAGCUCAGCUAACGCACGCAGGAGCAACAGCCAAAGAGCCCCAAGCCCCGGGGGGAGGAUGGGUGUCAGCAUGGGUAGCGGUGGGUGGCUGAGCAGUUCACCAGGGAGUGGGUCUAAGGUUAGCAGUGCCGGUAGCAGUGACAAAAUUAGCAGCCGAGCGGGAGGAAGAAUCAGCAGCUCCUCUGGGUCAGGGAGGACCAAUAGCACAGGGGGGAGGGUAAUCAGCAGCAGUGACCGGCCAAUCAGAAGCACUGGCAGUGGAGCAGGAGGCAACAAGGAGAGGAUCAGUGUUUGCAAGAUGGCGGCGCUGUCAAUCUCAGCAGCAGGGAGGGAGAAAAGUCGGGACAGACAAAAAGAAGCUCAGCGGCCCCAACAGCAACAACAGGCUACAGCUUCCUCUCCGCUCCUCCAGCGAUGGCUGUCCACUGGUGGGGUCAGUUCCAAUCCUGAUGGCCUUGAUGACAUGCGUCUCUGAUUGGGCGAGGAACAGUAACAUCAUGCAUCAAGGCUGAACACACCUGCACAAAAAAAAAAGAAAUCUGAUUUAAUGCCAAACAAUUAUUUUCUUAUUAUUAUUUUUGACAUCACAAAGUACUCCAAUCAUUUACUUAAAGGUCCAGUUAGUAACAUUCAAAAGGAUCUAAGUUGAUUUGAGUCCAGUUUUUCAGAUCGAUAUCAGUUUGUACUUGAUGAAUCCUCCACACAUGCUAAAAGGUUUGUUAAGAUUUGAUGUUAUAUAAAUGAAAUGAAAGAAUUGAAUUAUAGAUUUGGGUUUUAAUCCAGUGGACCGGUCCCAACCUACAUCGACCUACUUGAUUUCUGAGCUGGUCAGUUGUACAUUUUAAAUUGUGGCUUUAAAUUUCACAGAUUUUAAAUGUGGUAUAUAUGUAUCUCACUGUGUAUGGUUUAAUGGUAUCUCCCUUUAUUAUUAUACACACAUCAGCUUUUUACUUCACAUUUUAUAUAUCUGGUCAUGAUGCAGGUUUCUCUCUCAAUGUUUGAUUUCUCUGUCUACGUCUCUUAUCUGGUUGUUGGUCUCAGCAAUAAUCUGUACGUCUAAAUCUGAAAUAAAGCUGAUAAAUGACGCA